AGGUGGUCUUCUAAUUCCACAACAAACGUUCUCAGGUUGAGAAGGAGACAAAACGCUUCUACCUCAAGGAGUCGCCUCUACCAAUGAGAAGGUCCACCGUUCGCUAGGAGCUGAAGACCCGCUGGUUUUGGACGCGAUGGGGAUGUUGAGGAAUCUGUGGAGAGCUCGGAAGUUGUUGCUGGUCAUCUUGAUCCCUCUGCUGAUGUUACCUCUGCCUGUCCUGUAUCCCGACAGUCCGGAGGCCCAGUGUGCGUACGUCCUGAUCGUCACGGCCGUCUACUGGGUGUCUGAGGCGGUGCCGCUGGGAGCCGCUGCCAUGGUCCCAGCCUUCCUCUUCCCACUCUUUGGGGUUUUGAAAGCCAGCGAGGUGGCUUCAGAAUACUUCAAGGACACCACGUUGCUGCUGAUCGGUGUCAUCUGCCUGGCUGCUUCCAUUGAGAAGUGGAACUUGCACAAGAGGAUCGCUCUCCGCAUGGUCAUGCUGGCCGGAGCAAAGCCUGGGAUGUUGGUCCUGGGCUUCAUGUGCUGCACUGUGUUCUUGUCCAUGUGGCUCAGUAACACGUCCACCACGGCCAUGGUCAUGCCCAUCGCUGAGGCCGUGCUCCAGCAGCUGAUCAGCACCAGCCUGGAGGCCGACAUGGACUUGGCCGUCAUCAUCGACACCGACAGUGCGGAGGACACCUACACCAACUCAGCCUCCCACAAGUACGGGGGUGAGAAUGAGAAGAGACAGCUGGAACUUAUCUACCUUAAAGAAAAUGGAAUGAAGAAGAACCGAUCUGACAAGGAGAUGUUGACUCUGUCCGAUGGCCAGGAGCCGGGCCAGGCGGGCAUGGAGUACAGCAGUAAAUAUAAGACCAAACGUGACCAUAUGAUUUGUAAGUGUCUGUCGCUGAGUAUUACCUACGCCGCGACCAUUGGAGGCCUGAUGACCAUCACGGGGACCUCAACCAACCUCAUCUUUGCUGAACAGUUCAACAGCCGCUACCCAGAGUCUCGCUCCAUCAACUUUGGCACCUGGUUUGUGUUCAGUUUCCCCAUCGCCCUCAUCAUGCUGGUGCUCACCUGGGUUUGGAUGCACUGGCUUUUCCUGGGAUGCAACUUUAAGGAAACCUGCUCCCUGAGCAAGAAGAGAAAGACAAAGCGUGAGGAGAUGUCGGAGAGGAGAAUCCUUGAGGAGUAUGAGAAGUUGGGGCCCUUCAGCUACCCAGAGAUGGUGACGGGGAUUUUCUUUGUGUUGAUGACCUUGCUGUGGUUCACACGGGAGCCAGGCUUUGUUCCGGGAUGGACCUCGCUCUUUGAGAGGAAAGGCUACAGGACGGAUGCCACCGUCUCCAUCUUCCUGGGCUUCCUCCUCUUCCUCAUCCCUGCCAGGAGGCCGUCCUUCUCCUGCUUCGGCAAGGGCAUCCCUGAUGAGGAAAGUGCAAGGGACCAGAAGAAGCCCAAAGACUCCAAUCCCCUGGCACCGCUGAUCAACUGGAAAGACUUUCAGAAACACAUGCCCUGGGAGAUAGUCAUCCUGGUGGGAGGUGGCUAUGCUCUAGCUGCAGGCUGCAAGGUGUCUGGUCUGUCGGACUGGAUCGGCCGUCAGAUGGAGCCGAUGAGCAACCUGCCGCCCUGGGCAGUCACACUCAUCGCCUGCCUGCUGGUGUCUGUGGUCACCGAGUUUGCCAGUAACCCUGCCACCAUCACCGUCUUCCUGCCCAUCCUCUCCACCCUGUCCGAGACGCUGCAGAUAAACCCGCUGUACACCCUGAUACCAGCCACGAUGUGUGUGUCAUUCGCAGUGAUGCUACCCGUUGGAAACCCACCAAAUGCCAUCGUCUUCAGCUAUGGGCACUGCCAGAUACAGGACAUGGUGAAGGCUGGCUUUGGUGUGAACGUGAUUGGGGUGGCGGCUGUAAUGCUGGCCAUCACCACCUGGGGCUUCCCCCUCUUCCAGCUGCAACACUUCCCUGCGUGGGUCAAUGCGACGGGAGGCCAGUGACGAGCAGAGGUGCAGCAGCAAGAGGCGCAAGCGAAGCCCAGCGCAGAUGUGCAGCGGGCUGUGGAACAUCUGGCCGGCGCUGGCCAAGGCAGGAAGGACCAUCACCUGCAUCACACACACACACCAUCCCGCAGAGAGCAGCCACAACUCGGCAACUCUCAAAUAAGGAGCUUCUGUUUCAUCCUGCCAAGGACAAGCGCAGUUUGUUUUGUUUACGCUGUCUCUGUGAACGAUUCUUUGGGGCAAGGGAUUUAUCUUCCAAUAGUGUUUUUAUUUUCUAUUUUACUUCUUCCAAAGGCAGUGGGUCCAACAAGGUGACAGCCCACAGCCGCACGUGACCAGGGCGAUCUUUGCCAGAACCGACACCGACACACACACGCACACACAGACACACACACACACACACGCA